AUGUCGAGGGAUAGGGGUCUUAGUGAAAUCUUCCAAGCUGCAGCCAUACUCACAGGGCCCGCGGCAACGUCUGAGGCGCGCCCCACCGACCUCAAAGGCGUUCUUUUGUGCCGACUCGCCGACUACUAUGCAUAUGUUGGAAAUGAGGCACCUCAGCCUGAGUCUUCUCUCGAGGGCGCUCAGCUUAGCACCGCCGUUGGGGCCCUUUCCGUCUUGGAACAGCUGCACGGACUCUUGAGGGAUCCAGACGAGUUUGUACAUAAUGCGCUGCGGCAAAGCAGAAAUGGUGACGAGAAGAUCACCCGAGAGAACAAUCCGACGCUUAUCGGGAGUCGGGACAUGGCUCUAAUCCGCACUCUAACGUCUAUUGUCUUCAAAUGGGGUGUGGAACCACUCUUGCAACGCAUCGUCUCAGCCAUACCGUCAACAUCGAGAUCACACCUCGCAAGAGGAGCUAGCAUCAUUGAUCUUACCGGACUUCCGCACGAGUACUCCGUCUUGUGUUCGCUGUCGUCUCGACUUCUGACCUUGCCGCUAUGCGAAGGGACGGCUUCACCCCUGUCGAAGUCUGUCGUGACCGCGACAAUUCUAAACCAACACCUGUCUGACCUCCUUUUGCCUUGCAUCGUAAGCGGCUGGCUUCCGAAGUCGCUUGCGUCCGAUUCAAUGCCUACUGGCGAUGCCUUCCGUCCCCAGGUUAUGUAUCUGCUCUCUCGGCUUCCCGUAUCUCAGGUAAUCUCGGCAGUUGGCCAGACCCUAGCCAAAGCGCCCUCCUCUCUCCUAUAUGCCCGAAGAGCAUGCACUUUCAUCCUAAGUCGACAACUUAUGCGACCAGAAGGGAUACGUGGACUAUGCGAGUCAGUAUUCGCCGAAGAAGACGUGGCCGGAGACGAUGCGCCACUACAGAAGCUCGAACAUGUGGCACGAGUUUUUAACACUGUACCUGUCGGGAUGAAGGACGAGGAUUACAGCAAAAUCAUCAUCCCACGCAUGCUGCUACUGCUGAGCUUGGAAGACCGGGCGCUUCCUGCGACGCAUCGUCGAGCAAUCGCAUUCUCCCUCUCUCGCAUGCUCACGAACGAUGACAGUCCCGAGCUACAGAAGGCUGCGACAACCCUUGCGCUCUCAUCGCUCCACAAUCCUAUACUCUUUGGUUCUGGCGACUUGUCGACCGAUGCGUCCCUCCGUAUCAUACAGGUUUUACUCACCAACACGGACCCAUCUCCUCCUCUCUUAUCGGCUUUGUUCACGCCAAUUGUGCCAUCGCUGUAUGCGUUGCAUGCGUAUUUGAAAGGCACAAGAGCAUCUGAUCCGUUGUUGCGCGAGUCUCUUCAGGGCUACCUAGGAACGUGGGGAAGACUCCUGGGCAGUGCUGAGGUCAUCUCCACCCUUUGGCGCGUUAUCGAUGGAGAAGGUGGGAAUUGGCGCGUGGACGUCGCUGGCAGUAUAUCUCGAACUGAAGACGCUCCUCAAGAUGCGACGUCACUUUCCUUAUUCACCCCCGAAAGCCUCAAACAGGCGGAAGAAGCCGGAGACCUCGACGUUGACGCGAACAUUCUCGGUCUGAGGCCAGAUCCCAUACAGUUCGUCAGCUUCAUCGGGAGUCUCAAACGCGCAGACGUUUCCUCCGAGUUGUUUGUGAGGCUGCUUGAAGGCUACCGAGAGCUGCGUAGUCAUGCGGAUGCAGACCCACUCAAGACUCUGCUCUACCUGCAGCUUAUAUUACAAAUGCAAAAACAACUCUCAACGGACGACAAUUUGGGGAUCCUCAAGAAGCCGGAACACAUCCUUUCAUUCAUCAAGCACGCGCUCGAGAAUCCGCGUCAGUCCGAACCCUCUCAGGCCAAGACGACACUGGACGCGGGGUUACGUAUGGAAUCUCUGCGCAUCGUACCGGACGAAGCGGAGGACGACGAGCUGGAAGAUGGCGACAGCGAUGACGGAGAGGAGGGCACAGAGGGACUGCCAGACCAACCCUUGGACGAUAUGACAUCAACCGCCGUUCAGCUGUUGCUUUCGGUGUUAGAGGCGAACCCCGACCUAUCUGCGCGGAACGCGCCGAUACUCAAUGACAUCUUCUCCCUGCUCGAACCAUUAUCGAAGGCGUCCAAUGAGGAGUUACGCUCGCUCACACGAGAGGCGAGGAUGGUCAUGACGGCGCGCCUCGCCUCGACCUCCGAUACAGCUGGAGAUAGGGCAUCCAAGGCAGCUGGAGACGCAGAAACUCCGCAGGAGACGUACCAGAAGGCGCUGAAGCUCCUCCAAGAUCCGCUUCUCCCCGUGCGCGCCCACGGCCUGAUGCUUUUGCGCCAGCUUGUGUCCGCGCGCAAGAGGCCGGGGAGAGACGGUCUCUCUGAGCCCCCGCUCGACCGCGCGCUCGUGCCAGGAAUCCUAUCGAUAUUCAUGCAGUCAAUUCAGGACGACGACUCCUACAUGUUCCUCAACGCCGUGCAGGGCCUGUCCGCGAUGGUCGACGGUUAUGGGAAAGACGUCCUGCGUGGGCUGGUUAACACUUAUGCAGGUGGUUUGGACAGCCUGAGCGCAAGCACAAUGUCGCAGCAUGAUGUUGAUAUGCGAACGCGCGUGGGUGAAGCGUUGGGACAGGUCAUUCAACGAUGUGGCGAGGCGCUGCCCUCAUACGCGCCGCUGCUUAUCCCAGCUCUGUUCCUGGUGGUCCGGACGACUCAGUUCCCCACUGUGCUCAGGACGUCCGCGAUCUCCCUCCUCGCGCAGUGUAUCAAGACGAACGCGCUCGCAGUCCUGCCAUAUAUUGUGGACCUCGCAGACGCCAUGGUCGAUCUCUUACAAAUCGAGUCUGUCGCUGCAGCACCGCGCAAGCCUUCUUUGCGGCCCGACCGAAGCGCGGACACGAAAACAGAACGGGAACAGGCUGACGCACAUCAGGAAGAACAACACGAUGCGACAUCGGCUACGCCAUCCAUGGAUUCCCAGCCAACGUCCACGUACACGAAGUUCCCUCCACUUCGACGCGCGGCGCUGCACUUCUUGUCGCUACUAAUCCAGGCGUGCACGAGCCGUGUAUACGAGACCGGAGACGCGGAGGGCCUGAUGCUCCCACCGGGUGCAAUGAAGCGCGCCAGGACCACGCUUGGUUACGUAGCGGCGACGGAUGCGGACGAUGUAGUCCGCGUGAUGGCGAGGGAGACGACAGAAGGGUUGGAUCAGCUGGCGGAAGCACUCAUCGGACUGUAG